GUCAAAGAUGUUGAAAGAUAUUAACUUGGGAGAUGAGAGGACCUUUUACACAGUAUCAUGUGGAGACUGGAGGUGAGAGAGGAGAAAAGCAAAAGAUGCUGCCGGUAAAGCUGGUACGCUCUCUGGUUUUAGGAGAAACCAUCGGUCACCAUCCCCUUCUUCUUUCCCAAAAUCACUGUAAAGAUGACGAUGAUCGUGACGCCACCAGUGAAACAACAAAAACCCCAAUGCUUCUGUUUGUUCCAACCAGGGAGCUUGUCACAGAUGUAUAUAGGUUAGCCUCUAUAGCAAGAGACAUGGGCAUGGAUUUGUACCCAACCCCUUCUCUUUCUCACGUCAUUUUUUCAUACCCAUCAGCGUCUUCUUCGUCAUCUCCUUCAUCGUCUUCAAAGGCGUCUUCUUCAUCAUCAUCUUCACCAUACCCAUCAUCCUAUUCAUGGUCAUCAUCUUCGCUAUCACUCUCUCUGUUACCAAAGGACGCCAUACCUCUCUCAUUCCCUUCGAUCUCUGACUCCUCUCUCUCCCACCUCCGCUCCUUUGUGUCUCGCUCAAAGGGACUAUUUAAGCUCGUCUUUUACACCCAUAACACUGACAAUGACCCCAAAGAACCUAACGUCGACCAUUCCAACAACAACUGGGAUUGCUCUUCGUUGUCUCUAUUUUCGCGGUUAACAGGACAUAAAAUCGAUUCCAUGGAUGGCUUUUGUAGUGCUUUGGCCGGAACCGGAUGGACCCUUUUCAAGACCAAGAAAAACCCAUCACCGGAUCCCGGUGAAAGUCACAUUUGUGGGGGCAAGAUGGCGUACCUGUUCAGGAAGGUGGACUCAUGCCGGAUUCGAGGGCUGCAGGGAAAUGGGGAGUGUAGGAUGAGAGAGCUGAGGUUGCCCAAAUUGGAUUUUAGGAAUGCACCUUUGAGGAUUUUGCAGUACAUUCUUCUAAUGACCGAUGAUCUCUUCUAUCUGGCCUAACUUGAAUCAGAUGACUUGUAAUGGGUCGCUUCUUACUGGCUCGCGUUUCUGAAAUACUGACGGUUAACAAGCAGAAGUCGUAAUGUGAAAUGCUGUGUUUCUUCUUUGCACACUUGUGCUGCAGAAUGUUUUGCACAGCAUGAGUUGGUCGCGGUGUAGCAUGGACUACCGAUCACAAGACAUGAUCUUGUAAAGGGCGGCACAAUGCAGAGGUUUUUUGAUCUAUUUCUCGUUUGAGUUUAUUGUCAUGCUUUCGGACAUAAAUAAUUUCAGUUGAUAUGUCUGUUUUAGUUGUGCAUGCCAGUGCCUACUGACCAGCAUUACUGUAUGAGGAUGAACGUAAAGGCGAUUCUAUUAAUCCAUUCUUCUAUUUUUGGCCCGCCCUUCAUAGAGGAAGUUCACUGUAUUCUUUUUUGGCUAGUUAUCAACAUGAUCUAAUGAACUUGAGAACUUCCUAUGUGUAAUUCAAGUGUUGAUGGUGGAAUGGCCAUAGGAUUAUUUCAGAUAUGUUUGGGUGGAAACUAGUUUAUCUCUUCCAUGUUUACACUAAUACAUCUCCUCUUUGUGUUCAUUCUUUCGUUCUGUUAUUUCUCCUUUCAUUUGUAGGAUAAUAUCCAUGGACUAAACAGUCUUGCCACUCCUGUUUGUUGACAUUUCCUUGGAAACACAUUUCUUGAUAUUUUGUUAACAUCAUUUCCUUAAAA